AUGGACCCACAAUCUUCAACUCUCUCCCUUCUCGUACGAUCAGGCAAACCACAGUCGGGAGAGCUGUCUUCGCACUGGGAAGAUGUAGUUGAUUGUGAGAAUUUUGAAGGAGACGUCCGAUGGAUAAAAUCUUAUAACGACUGUCACCUAUGGGGACGUUGCAAUGGCUUUGACAAGCACGCGCAGGCUAUGUGGUUUGAUACUGCAGAUGAACGGUACACUUUCGUCGGUAGUGCCGAGACGCGCGCUUUCGACAUCAAGUUUCCGGCACAGGAACAACACGGUCGUGCCUGCUGCCGAGUAACAUGCGACUGGAAAGCGUUGAUGGACGCGCUGUUCACAGAGGAGAGAUACGUACGGCACAAACGCCCAGGCCCAUCUUUCUUUGAGCUUGGAGAGCAAGGCAUUCGCGCGAAUCUGGUCAAAGCCGAACGUGACAUCAUCAUCAGGACUACUGCUCCCGAGCCGGAGUCGUCGGAAAAGGCUAUCGCGGCCGAGAAGAAACUAUACGAAGAGAAUGUGAAAACGUUCUUACAAAUACAUUGUCACCAGAACGAGCAGUACAAAUCACUCUACGCUGCAGCGUUACAGGAGAGGCUGCAUCGUGUAUGGAUCAGGGGAGGUAUAGACCCUUACGCCGGCCUUAAUCAUACCAGCUUCGCUCGCUUCUGCGACUCCAACAAGCGACUGACAUUCGACCAGGAGCAAACCGGAUGUGGGAGGAUGAUGCAGAGUAGGCUUGAUAGACUCCAAGCUUUCGCCGACGGGAUAUGGGAGAGCAGGUUUGGAAGAAAGGAAGAGUUGACAAGCCACAAGGGCCGUGUGUAA